AAAACACACCUCCAAGCACUAUUCAAAGACUUGACGACUUGCCCCCCCAACAACUUCUGUUUAGUCCAACAAUGGAUCCGUUGAGUGUAGCCGCGUCCAUCGGAGGUCUACUCUCGGCGGCGGGCGCCGUGGCCAAGCUGCUGGGGCCCUAUGUCGCUGCGAUCCGCGACACACCCGAGAUCGCCGUUACGGUACACACCGAAGUUCAGGCCACCACCAUCAUCUUGUCAGCGCUUCAAAGCCUUGCGCAGAAUAUGGCAUCUGUGCCUGUUCAACGUGCCGCACUCGUCCAGGUCGACCAGCUUAUCGCUAUCCUGACCGAUGGCGUUCUCUUAUUCUCCCACCUCGAGGCAACGGUCGGGUCUCUUCUCCUUGGGGACUCUCCGAGUCCUGUUGCGAGUCUUGACUUCAGAUUCCGCUUGCAGUGGGCAAGAAAGGAGACCGAGCUUACGUCAAUUGUGACGCGCUUACAAGGCUUCAAAGCUUCUAUUUCUCUGAUGCUGGGCAUUUUUCAAAGCGACUCGGCGAUGCGCGCAGAGGAAUGCCGAGAACAACUUACGAGCAAUGUCAGACAACUCCUUGAAAGCAACAGAGAUAUUUGCCACCGGUUGGCGAAGCUCGAGGAUUUCUAUGAUGCUCAGAGCCUGAUUUCCAACAGGCGGGGCGUUGCCGCCCCAUCUAAACUCGAUCACGCCGAAGACGACGAGAUGCAACAGUCUUGGGGAAACCCAGCCGGAGACGAGCAAUCUGUCUCCUCUGGGGCCCUCGAACUAGGGCCUGGGCCGCCUGGCACACCCUCAUUCGCCUUUGAGUCGGACUUGGAGGCAUCCACCGCCUACCGUCGAGCGCAGCGAGAGACUGUGGACUUCUCGUUCCGAAGCUCGGUGGCCUGGUCAAACGGCCUAUCAGCCUUCUCGAGACUUACUUUCGGCGACGUGUCCGUAUUGUCAGUCAUUGCACUACCAAUCCACGCAGACGAGAUAUCCAACUCUCACCACUACACUUUCGGCGGCCACCUGCUUGCUUCUCUGCCCGCAGAGGUCUACACAAGGGCCGAGCCGAAUUCUCCCGUGACCGCGGGGCGCUAUGCAGAUCGGAGGCGUAGAGCUUCAAGAACACGGUGUAUUGUGAUGUAGAAGUAGCUGAUCAUUGGGCCCUUCCUGUG